GUCGGGCAUGGCCGGCUGGGUGUUCUGUAAUCGCUGCUUCCAGCCGCCGCACCGCACGUCGUGCUUCAGUCUGACCAACUGUGGCCACGUGUACUGCGACGUCUGCCUGGGCAAAGGGAUGGAGGAAAGGGGACAACUCUGGAGGCUGUUGGAAGGGAACCCCGUCUUUCUCCUCAAGGACCCCAUCCCAUGUGCUGUGGGGAUGAAAUGAGAUGAGACAGAGGAAGAAAGCAGAGGGAGUUGAGUUGUUCUGUGGUGGCAAAGACAAGUGCUUGAUUUGCAAAGUCCCUUGUCGCACGGUUUUACUUUCAAAACACACCGACGCAGAUAUCCAGGCGCUAUUUAUGGGCAUAGACAGCCUGUGUCGGAAGUACUCCAGAGAGACCUGCCAGAUUGCAGAAUUUCAAGAAAAGCACAGAAAGAGACUCUUGACCUUCUAUAGAGAAAAGAUCACAAAGCUGGAGGAAUCCCUUCAGAAGUCAGUGCUGCGGAUGGAACAGCUUCAGAGAUUGUCACAACAAACAGCUUUCGGCGCAAUAAAAACUCCAGUUUCAACUCCUUCAGCAAAGCCAGGCGGACACCCGCUCCUGCCCCCUGACUCGUCCACCUCUGACAGAGUGGAGUCCAUGCAGGUUGACCAUACUCCUUCUCCAAUGAGAAAACCUGAGGUGGCAGUUGGCCCAGCAAGAAUCUCUCUGAUCAGCCCACCUCAGCAUGGACGCAUGGGCAGCAUCUCGCGCUUCAGCCCUCAGCUCCUCAGCCUGACGCCCGGUCACAGCAGCAUGUCCCAGGCUCUCAGGAUCCCACCGCUGCAGGUCCCCUGCAAAACGCUGUUCCCGCUGGCAGCGCCCCUGGCCCCCGGCCGAGCGGGAAGAGGGGGCUCGCCCAGCCUUGGGGGCUCCCAGACGCUGGCCCCCAGGCCGCCCAUCAGCAUCUCUGCACUGCUGCAGAAGCAGCGUUUAGGGUCUGCUGGCCUCGGGGCAGCCACGCAUGGAAGGUGAACGAGGUCCUGCCCGUGUCCAGCCACCUGGGGCUCUUGCCACCAGCAGGACGUUACUCAGUAGAAGCAGUCGUCCGUUCUUCUUGAUGGAAU